CUCGUCAAUAUCAAUAUCGUCGCAGCUUCUCUGGCGAAUUCGAGGAACGGAAAGCAAAACACCUCUGCAGAUUCGAAUAGCUGCUCACUCCGCAUCCGUUCAAAAUGCCUCCCCGCAAGCAGUGGAUCGACAAGAAGGGCGCAACCACAUAUCAGCUCUUCCACCGAUCUCAAAAUGACCCGUUAAUCCACGAUCCCGAGGCCGACGACCGUGUGCUCCAUGCCGUCAAGGGACCACCCCCCGGCAGCGCAGAAUAUUCCCGCGCGAGAAACCUGGGCGACCUAACUAGUGAAUUUGGAUCGGGCGCUGUGCGGAAAAACGAGGGCGAAGCUGCUAAUUAUGGAAUUUACUACGACGACACCAAGUAUGACUACAUGCAGCAUUUGCGCGAGCUGGGGACGGGCGGUGGAGAUUCGCAUUUCGUCGAGGCGAAGAGCAAGGAGAAAGGCAAGAACAAGAUGAAGCUGGAGGACGCGUUGAGGGGAAUGUCGAUGGAUGACUCCAGAAGUCAGCUCGGAGGAGGUAGCGUCUACGGAUCUGAGAUGCGCUCGACUGUUUCAUCCUAUGUCCGCAAACCGACGUACCAGGACCAGCAAAAUGUACCUGACCAGAUCGCGGGAUUCCAGCCCAACAUGGACCCCCGACUUCGAGAGACUCUGGAAGCACUUGAGGACGAGGAAUUUGUCGACGACGCAGACGACGAUGAUCUGUUCGGUCAAUUGACGUCCCAUGCGGAGGAAAUGGACCCUGGUGACUGGGAGGAUACGCUAUUCGACGAAGAAGACGAUGAGGGUUGGGAGUCAGAUGCCACCGAGAAGGCCCCCGUCCAAACCGAUCGAUCGGACACCCUCCACACAGAUCUGGACUCGGAUUCUCAAGAUCUUCCCCCGGGUGAAAUGCCCGAGCACGAUGCGCCUGCUCCUGACCUGCACCCCGAAGAUCAGGGUUGGAUGCGCGAGUUCGCCAAGUUCAAGAAGGAUGCCAAAACCAAGACUGGACCGGCCGCGCCACCUAGCAUCAUGCCUUCGGAGCAGCGCAGCACGCUGGCAUCUACUGUUUUCACUGCCGGCGGCACGCCAAUUCGUCGUAAGAAGCGCAAGGGUGCCAUGACCAACCCGUCCGCUUAUUCCAUGUCGUCCUCGGCUCUUGCUCGGACGGAGGGACACCGACUCUUGGACGACAGAUUCGAGAAGGUUGAGGCGCUCUAUGCGCUGGAUGAGGAGGACGAGUUCGACGAUGAUGCAUCCAUGGUUAGCGGAAUGACCGGCAUGACCGGCAUGACCGGCGUAUCAACUGCCUCGUCGCAAGCCCCGAGCCUGGUGGAUGCCAACGGGACGACGGUGCCGCCUCGGAGUGGGUUCAACGAUGUCAUGGACGACUUCCUGGCCGGAUGGGACAACAACACGAGUGCCCAGGCGAAACGCAAGGGAGUCAAGAACAAGCGAGGCAAGAACGGCAACGAAGCCAUUGGAAUCAGAAUGCUCGACGAGGUUCGCCAGGGUUUGGGGCCGGCGCGUGUGUCUGGAAAAGUUCCCGGCCGAGCCUAAACACCAUCAUGCUUCAACGAAUUGCAAUGAUACCUUUCUUUUUUGUUAAUGUUCUCCGACUUUCAAGGAAAAAUGUGGUCAACGGCGUCCCGGUCUUCGUUUGAUUCAUGACUCAUGUUCUCAUGCAUGAUAGAUAUACUGUCAUUUUCUGCGCCGAUUUCAAAAAGUCUUUUCAAGUUGUCACGCUCGGGUGCGAACUGCUGAUGUAGAUAGAUGACCAUAUAUUCAAUUGUCC